AUGGGGCUCAGUCAACAGCACCAUCAUGGUAGCAGUAGUAACACCAACAAUCAACAACAAUCCAUCAGCCAAUCACAGCAGCAACAGCAACUUCAACAGGCUCAAUUCCAGGCUUUCGGGAAUAGCUUGUCAAGUUUGCAGCAGCAGCAGCAACAUCAGCAACAUUCAUCCAUCCAACAUCAGCAUCAUCUCCAGCAACAGCAACAAGCGGCUCAACAGCAAACCCUGACGGCGGCUACUAGUUCUGGUCAUCACCAUCCUCAACAGCAGCAAUCUCAACAACAUCAACAGCAGCAGCAACAGCAGUUAGCACCGGAGGAACAACAGAUGGGAUGUGUAACGGCAGAUGCUAUCGAGGUUCUCCUCGUUCGGGUGGGCACGCAUACGCACGCACGCAACGGCCCACAAGGCUCCCGGAAUGGAUGUCAUCCAGCCGUGUGGGAAACGCACCCAAAUACAUGA